GGGCUUAAUUUGUUUUGUUUUUAGAGUGAUUUUGUUGAGAACGCUGCGUUUCUUCCGGAAACGGUGGCGUUCCGUGCACAGCACCUCGUUUUAUUUUCAUCGAAAGCCGAGUGAGUGACUGCAAUUAUUGUAGAAGAAGAUUACACGUGGAAUGCGGUGAAAUCAAGUAGAAUUUGGUUUUCCCUCAAAAUUUCUUAGAUAUAAACAGUCAAAAAUAGUGCUUCCGAGUAAGACUUUCUCCACUUGGUGUUAAGAUGCUCGGUGAUAAAUCGCUAAUCCUUCCUAGGUACGAGCUGUUGAGUAUCAUUAGGAAACAUUCAAAGUCGAUUGGACAAACUAUAUUAGAUGAGGAGGAGUCACAAGAUGAUUUGGAAAUGGACCCUAGCUUCUGGCAUAACGUCAUUGACUCGUAUUUUGUUCGCAGUAGGGAGUCCAGGGGGCGUGAGGAUGAUGAUCUUAUAUUCUUUGUUAGAAAAAUGAAUUUGGAGUCGCAAAGAUCCAAUGGCGACGCAGAAAGCAACUCUCCUUACUUUGUACGCAGGUGGGCACCUGAGUUGGAUGAAUUAGUUGGUGGGAAUUCAUUAAUUAUAGAUUGGAGGCGUUCUUUUUAUCUGAAUUUGAUUGCUCAUACCUCCUUCAGUGUGACUGUAGCAAUUUGCAGUCAUCAGGUCAUUCGGCAAUAUCAACAGGGCGAAACUUUGUCUCCUAUCUAUAAGGUUGUGAAGACUGUAUAUGCAUCUCCGAGUCGUAUUAAUUUUCAUUUGGAUUCGAGAAAGGAAGUAGAAACAACACCUGCGUAUCCAGAUAUCUGUUUUGCAGUAGAUGAUUUUGAUUCCACUUUUGAUUCAGUGGUCUUGACUGAUCCGGACCACUGUUAUUGUGUGUUGCUAAAUGCUCAUGAUGGGGCAGCAUUUCCACAUGAAAGAAAAACAGAGCAAGCUAAUUCAGAUGUUUCUUCUUCGGAGAAUGUUACAAGUCAUGGCAAGACAAAGAACUCCAAGAUCACCCUUUUCUCAGGCUUUGUCAGCUACCAAAUGGUUCGAGAGGCAUAUGAUGCUGGCAGGUCCGGGUUUGGAAGUCUUCUGUCUCUUGGUCAUUCCUCUGGCAGAACUGACAGAAUAUUCAUGAAAGGUCCAGGAGGGCGUGGUGAAGUUGAAGUAGCGGUCUCUGGUAUCCUAGAUCAAAGCAAGGUGGAUUUAGGUCCUCAAUCACCGAUUCAGAUAUCUAAAAAGGGUCUUGGUUUAGGAACUAUUGUCCGCAAAGCAGCAUCUGUAGCAUCAACGGCCGCAAAGCAGGCUUAUGCUGCAGCCUCAUCCUCUCCAAACUUGGACGGCGAGAUGUUGCCCCUCAAGUGCUGUUUGAUGUCCAUCUCAUUGCCGUGGGAGAAUAUUGUUCAUGAUCUUCUAUUCAAGGGAAGUCCGGCUGUCAACUUGUAACCGUCGUAUCCAGUUUUGAGCUUCCGAGUGGAGAAAAGGUAGUUGUAAUGGAAGAGAAAUGUGUAAAUUACAUGUAUCUUAGUAAGUUGAAUGCUUAGUCUAUUUGAUUUAUGUUUAGUAAAAUAAUGAUUGAUUUUGUAUGUAGCCAAUUUUAUAUUUGAAUUUCUUCGAAAAAACAAUUAUAUUUGACUUUGUUUUGGUC